UCCCAGGCUGAGAGUAGCUGCCGUUUCUGAGAGGACGAUUCGUAAGGAGACCCCUGGCGCGGUUUCCCAUUGCUCGUCCCUCUGCUGGCUUUGGCCAUAGUUCAGCGGUGUCUAGAGGGUGGUCUGUCCUCGUCUACCUGCCAGACCUUCUGCAGAGGUACCUGUGGUUGGCCCAGUAGUCGGCUGUCGAAAGUGCCGGCCCCCGCGCCGGCGCCGGCUGUAGCCGGGUGGGAAGGCUCAAGAUGGCGUGCCUGUUGGAGACCCCAAUCCGCAUGAGCGUCCUCUCGGAAGUAACAGCUAGCAGUCGCCACUAUGUUGACAGGCUAUUUGACCCUGAUCCCCAGAAAGUUCUACAAGGUGUCAUAGACAUGAAAAAUGCUGUAAUUGGAAACAACAAGCAGAAAGCCAACCUCAUUGUUUUAGGAGCUGUUCCAAGAUUAUUGUACUUGCUUCAGCAAGAAACCUCAAGCACAGAAUUGAAAACUGAAUGUGCAGUGGUAUUGGGAAGUCUUGCUAUGGGUACUGAAAACAAUGUUAAGUCUCUACUAGAUUGCCAUAUUAUCCCUGCCUUACUGCAAGGACUACUGUCCCCAGACCUGAAGUUCAUUGAAGCUUGCCUCCGAUGCCUGCGCACCAUCUUCACCAGUCCCGUCACUCCAGAGGAACUACUGUAUACAGAUGCCACGGUGAUACCACACCUCAUGGCACUGCUUAGCAGGUCCCGCUACACCCAGGAGUACAUCUGUCAGAUCUUCUCACACUGCUGUAAAGGUCCAGAUCAUCAAACAAUUUUAUUUAACCAUGGCGCAGUUCAGAAUAUUGCUCACCUACUAACCUCAGUAUCUUACAAAGUUCGAAUGCAGGCACUGAAAUGCUUCUCAGUUUUAGCUUUUGAAAACCCCCAGGUAUCGAUGACCCUGGUAAAUGUUUUGGUUGAUGGAGAGUUGUUACCACAGAUUUUUGUGAAGAUGUUACAGAGGGAUAAGCCCAUUGAGAUGCAGCUGACAUCGGCAAAAUGUUUAACUUACAUGUGUAGAGCUGGAGCAAUUCGGACAGAUGACAACUGUAUUGUAUUAAAGACAUUGCCUUGUUUGGUUCGAAUGUGCAGUAAGGAGAGGUUACUAGAGGAGAGAGUUGAAGGAGCUGAGACACUCGCCUAUCUGAUUGAACCAGAUGUUGAGCUGCAGAGAAUUGCUAGCAUUACUGAUCACCUCAUUGCCAUGCUUGCUGAUUACUUCAAGUAUCCCAGCUCUGUGAGUGCCAUCACUGAUAUUAAAAGGCUUGAUCAUGACUUAAAGCAUGCUCAUGAACUUCGCCAGGCUGCAUUCAAGCUCUAUGCCUCUCUCGGAGCAAACGAUGAAGACAUCCGGAAGAAGAUCAUUGAGACUGAAAAUAUGAUGGACCGAAUUGUGACUGGCUUGUCUGAGUCUAGUGUCAAGGUGCGGUUAGCUGCCGUCAGAUGUUUGCACAGUUUAUCUAGAUCUGUGCAGCAGCUUCGAACCAGUUUCCAGGAUCAUGCUGUGUGGAAACCUUUAAUGAAGGUUUUACAAAAUGCACCAGAUGAAAUCCUAGUAGUAGCAUCAUCCAUGCUAUGUAAUCUUCUUCUUGAAUUUUCUCCAAGCAAAGAGCCAAUUUUAGAGUCAGGAGCUGUAGAGCUACUUUGUGGACUAACCCAAAGUGAAAAUCCUGCUUUACGAGUGAAUGGAAUUUGGGCUUUAAUGAAUAUGGCAUUUCAGGCUGAACAAAAAAUAAAAGCAGAUAUUUUGCGAAGCUUGAGUACUGAACAGCUCUUCCGGUUAUUAUCAGAUUCAGACUUGAAUGUGCUGAUGAAGACAUUGGGACUUCUUAGAAACCUACUCUCUACUCGCCCUCACAUAGAUAAAAUAAUGAGUACUCAUGGAAAGCAAAUUAUGCAAGCCGUCACCCUUAUUUUGGAAGGGGAGCAUAACAUUGAAGUCAAAGAGCAGACACUGUGCAUCUUAGCCAACAUAGCAGAUGGGACAACGGCAAAAGAACUUAUUAUGACCAAUGAUGACAUCCUACAGAAAAUUAAGUAUUAUAUGGGUCAUUCACAUGUCAAAUUGCAGCUUGCCGCUAUGUUUUGUAUAUCAAACCUCGUAUGGAAUGAAGAGGAAGGCUCACAAGAACGCCAGGAUAAAUUACGAGACAUGGGCAUCGUAGAUAUUCUACACAAACUGAGUCAGUCAUCAGAUUCAAACCUUUGUGACAACAGGUACAGAGCCUCUUUUCAGCCUAAUUCAAUAAGCUCUCAGGCUUCCAAGUCAGAUGGACAGGUUGGAGUGGAGUGAGGCGACAAAUACAGACAUCAAAGGGAAAUGUAACUACUGAUGGAGGAAACCCAGCCAUGACUGGUGGACUACACUUGGCAGGAGCUGGGCACCAGGAGCCUCCCAGCUGCCCUAAGCCCUGUCACUGGUGUAGCCGUAGAUGGCAGGAUUUAGAUCCAGUCGUGGAAACUUGUGCUCCAGCUGAAGCAGGUCACCACUUCCUGGAAACAAAGUCCAAUCACCUUGUGCUUCCUGAAACAGCAUAUAUCACUGUGAAACUAAAGAACGUCCUGCAGACGCAUCUGUAGGAAGCAGCAGAGCAGAAAAGCCGCUUUCUCUCGGCUGUACUCAGCAACUUCUAUACACUUGUCACUCAGGACUGCUAUUCAGUGUGCUUUUGUAAAGCGAGAUGGAAAUUUUAGUAAAUGGUGUGGCUAAGAUCUUUUCCUGCGUGAAGCCCAAAGCACUGAAGUUUGAGAGAAGGGAAGGGGGUCCCCUUGGGAGGACUGAAGAUGACAGCUUUUUCCAGUCAGGACUGCUUUGCCCUUUGGCAGCCCUUAGCUUGGUACCUGCUCCAACUUCUGGGUCAGCUUCAAGGUGAACUCAACAUGAUUACUCCUGACUGUUUGAAGGUACAACCAACCUUCCUUUUCCCUUGGCUAUAAGAAGUUCAGAGGCAUCGUGGCCAGGAAGCAGGGUCUGUGCUCAGAAGCUUGCCCUGAGUGUGUGCACCUGAUGGGCUCCCAAACCCGCCUGCCACUCCUGACGGAGCUGCCGGCGGUGCAGCCACUCCAUCACCAACCUGCUCCUUCCUUGGAAGAUUUAAAUAUGUUUGAUUGCAAAUGAAUGUUUUUAAAAUGUAUUUAACGCCAUUUUUUUUUUUUCCUGUUCUCAACAUGACCACCCAAGAUUCAAACACAGAGAUUUCCAAGUUGUAUUUUUUCUUUCAGAACAUUACUGAUUUAAAAAUCUGUCCCAACAGGGACUUGGGUUUUGUGCAACCAUCAGAGUGCUAAUGUGCAGAAGCCAGUUUAAAGAAAAUGGAGUGUUCUGGGGAUAAAAGCCUUAUUUAGGCCCACUCACUGACAUUUCUAGUACUGAGAAAAUAUCCUUGGUUGGCAUUUGUAACACAAAACACUAUAGAGUUGGUAUUUUUGAGUACCAGGUAAAUAUAAAUAAACCAAUAGUGAAUUGCUGAGACAAUCUUGAACCCAGAUAGCAUUAGAAAGCUGAAAGUCCAAUGAAAUGACACUUUGACACUUAAACUCUGUGGAUAAAUCUUGCCUGUGGCUAUAAACAGAUGGUCAGAGGAAAAGUGCUUUAUGAUAAUUAACUUUUCUGAUUUGAAUGAAGGAAAAUGUAUUUAUUAAAACAAAGCUGUUUGCUGCUUUAUGCAGAUGCAGUGUUCUGUCUGCAAGGAAGUGGGGGGAAUGGAACGUGGGCUUGUGUCUCCACCCAAGUUCUUAACUAAGCUUCUCGCUCUCUCUAAUACUGCAUUCUGUUUCUCCUUUUGUGCCCUGAUUGUAACCCAAAACUUAUGAACUAGAAAAGAAUGUCCAAUUUAAUAAGUUGCAUUUUUUUUCUUAAGCACUUUAUGCAGAACAAACCAUGUUCUUCUGGUAGUGUUUGGAUAAUAUGAUUUUAACACAUGCUAAUAAAAGCCAAGAAA